CAGCCAAUCGCUGCUGCAACCACUAUGGCGGCGCCCAGGCUGUGAGGAGGAGGCGGCGGCCAUGUCGGGCCGGGGCGUGUGGCUGCGGGCGCGGGCGCGGCUGCGGCGCUUCCCGGCGCUGCUGUCGGGCUGCGGGGAGCAGGCAGCUGCCUACGGGCGGUGCGUGGCGGCGGCGGCGGCGGGGCCGGCGGAGCUGCGGCGGGACGCGUGUCUGGAGGAGUUCCGGGCGCUGCGGGACUGCUUCGCGCGGGCGGCGAAGGCGACGCCGAAGUGACGCGGGGCCGGCCCCGGCGCCCCUCACCCGCGCUCCGGAGGCACAAACCCGGCCCGGUCCGUCCGUCAGCCCCGCGGCUGCGGGAGGGGGCUGAGCUGCGCCCCCGCCCGGCGGGAGCAGCCUCCGCCGCUUCCCAGCGCCCCUUCGCCCUCUCCCCGGUCACCAUCCCGUGUUCCAGCCCGUUUGCUCCGCAACGAUACACCCUCUUUUCCUCCGGCAGCCCCGCGCCUCGGCAAAACGCUGUUUUCUAUUUAAAAAGAGAAUUUAGAUCAAAA